AACAGCGGUAUCAGAGAGGCAUGCAACUCCUAGGCGUCGUCGCGGCAGCAUCCAGUCUAGCGGCUUCGCUGGCCUCUGCUGCGCCUUUACAAAAUAAAAUACGCAUGGAAGUGACGGCUGGACAAGCCCCUGUAGCUCACCCCAGUGUCAAAUACUUUGUCCACGUGGUGGCGGAUGGUGAUGACUGCGACUAUCCGGACAACACUUUGCCCAUGUGCGCUAACAAGAACUUUGUCUGCAGGAUGGAGCCUGGCCAGGAGAUGUUCGCCAAUGCUCCAUCCUGUCUGGCCUACGACCCCAGCAAUAUGGAGGACAACCCGUUCCUGAUCGAAGAGACAGCCGUGGUGCCCUGGGGUGUCUGUGACCCAGUGGCGGAACUUAACAGGAAGAUUGGCGACCCACCAGUCUGUAAGCGGGAGUUCACGUGUCUCUGUCUCCACGGAGCAGGCGAGAACUGCGUCUGUGCUCCACCUGAUGCAGUGGAUGAUGCUAACGGCGCUACCAAGUGUGGCAACAGUACGGCUACAUGUACCGAGGACAAGUAUUGCCACUACCUUCAAGAAGGAGGAACGGAGUGUGGACAGAAACCUUACUAUUUCUAAGGAGACAGGCUGGAGAGUAACCUGAAAUUUACAUGACACAACUUACAAU